AUGUACACACAGCUCAUUGCCGCCGUUGCUUGGUUGGCCAGCACAGCCACAGCUGAGACCGUCCACGGUGCAGUGGUUUUCAGUCGUCAUGGAGAUCGCACGACCAAGUGGUACGGCGCUCAAAGGCUUACCAGCCUUGGUGCGUCACAAAACUUUCGAGUCGGCAGCGAGUACAGAGCCCGUUACCUGGAUGCUAGCUCGUCCAGCCAAAUCCUCGGCGUCUCUGCGGACCAAUAUGUUGGCUCGCAAAUCUUUGCCAGCGCGCCUGACCAGAGUAUUCUUCUGAGCACAGCCACGGCGUUCCUCCAGGGCCUCUAUCCUCCUCUGCUUGACCUCGCCCCGGCGAUUGCCACUCAAACUCUUAACAACGGCACGAACAGCACGAGUCCUCUCGAUGGCUACCAGUACGUCCUGCUGCACGGCGUUGCCGACAACUCGCCCGACACAAUCUGGAUCAAGGGUGACGACGCCUGCCCGGCUUACGUGAAUGCAUCCAAGUCGUUCAAGACGAGCGAGCUUUUCACAGAGCGUGUUGAGGCUACGCGUGAUUUCUACGGGAGCUUCUACGACGUCCUGAGCGAGGGUGUCUACAACCUCAAGCCCGAGAAUAUGACCUACGCCAAAGCCUACGAUAUCUUUGACCUCAUCAAUGUUGCGCGCAUCCACAACAUGACCUCAGCUGCUCGCAAUGUUUCAGACGAGGAUCUCUUCCAACUCCGCACCCUUGCCGAUUCGGCGGAGCAUGGCCUCAACUGGAACGAGUCGCAGCCCAUGCGCGCUCUGGGUGCGGAGACACUUUCGGGUGCAGUUCUCUCGCAACUGAACCAGACUGUUGCGUCCAAGGGAAAGCUAAAGUUCUCCUUCCUGGCCGGAAGUUAUGACACUUUCCUUGCUUUCUUUGGUCUAGCCGGCUUGCUCGAGGUUUCUGAUAACUUUUACGGCCUGCCAGAAUACGCUUCCACCAUGUCGUUUGAGCUGUUCAGCGACGACGCUCAGGAAUUCCCUGCGAACCCGAAUGAAGAUCUCCGCGUGCGCUGGCUGUUCAAGAAUGGCACUGAUGGCGAUCUGACUGCCUUCCCUCUGUAUGGUACUGGCGAGGACUCCCUUCCUUGGUCGCGCUUUGUGUCCGAGACGCGAAAGCGCGCCAUCAGCGAUGUUGGUACUUGGUGCAACAAGUGCUCAGCUGCUGAAGACUUUUGCGCCGCCUACGAGGAUGAUGCCAGUUCGCAGAGCGAGGGCAGCGACAACAAAGGAAGCGGAGGCAUGUCGAACGCUGUUGCUGGGGUUAUCGGAGCCGUUGUAGCGCUGGCCGUCGCAGGCCUGGCGGCUGCUAUCUUCUUUUUCCUUCGUAGGCGCAAAGGCCCCGUUGCUUCCAGCAAGGGUAGCGUGAAAAGCGUCGCUACCGACGCGAGCCGGACCAAGCCCACGAAGACGUAUCGACCUUUAAUCGCUAUGACCGCGCAACCCAUCUGCGUAUUUGAGGAUGUGUGGACCAAGAAUACGAAGCGCAUCCCGCUGCAGAAACCCGCCAGACAACACAUUGAGCUGGCUGAGCUCUUUCUCAAGUUGCUACCACACCUUGGGACGAGCGAGAAGGGUGGAAUAGACGAUGAAGCGCUGGCAUACUCUGAAUGGCGCUACAUCGUGUACCUCCGUUUCCUCGACUACAGCCGAUUGACGCCGAAUGAUCAUCCCCCCCCAUUGGAUGUUGCCAUGAUCUGGUACUGUCAUCUUAUGAAGCCCUCGCGCUUUCAUGGGCAUUUGUGGGCUGGCAAAACCAGAUUCAACCAAACUUUUGGUCUCAUUCAUCGCCAUUUCCCACUGAGCAAGAUUUUGUCUAUGGACUGGUCGCCCAAAGAAACGCAACGAGCGUGGCGCAAGUACAAUCAAAUGACUGGAGGCGUAGGCCACGAACUCACGUAUCAACUGUGGACGCACCCGCCAUGGGAGGAUACAAAGAGUAAUCGCCGGCAGUCUGCCUCGGGUAGUCUACUCUCCCGUUGGCUGAAAAGGACUUCGAUUCAUAAUGAUGGGCAGCCAGAUCAGCCGAAUAAGCCCAUUGAGGCUGGUACUACUUCCUGGGAAAAAAAGGCGUCUCCCUCUGAACGGCAGAUCAAGAUGCAGGUCUGGAAUCGAUGCGCCCUAGGCCCCAGCGUCGAGCUGCCCAGAGCGAUGGACAUCGCGUCAUACACAGCCUUCCGGACAGGCAAGCGGUAUGAGCGUUGCAAGCUACAAAGCAACCACGAGGAGUUCUCACAACAAUGCGAGCUUUGCCCCUGGCCUUACCUGCAGGAUCUCCGAGAGGACUUGGAGCGAUCGAUCCAGUACUGGAAAACUUUGGUCCGAGCUCGAGAUGCGAUUCCACGUUUUACCGAGGGGUUGGCCGAGGCCAUCGGGGACUACAGAGACUUCGUGUUGAUCUUCCGCGAGAGUAUAGCCAGGUUCAAGCAGGGCCAUUACGUAUCCAAGUUCGAUCCCAAGGUCGUUGACAGGCAACCUGGAAGCCAACCGUCUGGCCCAUCGAAAGCCCGCUUUGGCAAGCUGAUGCCACCUACCUUGGAGGUCGAUCUACUCUGGCGUACCCAUCGAUUGUUCCCUGGGCAGUAUUGGGAUUUCUGCCUGAUCAGAGGCUUGUGGCUGAUCGAGCCAGAGUGCACCAUAAGUGCCGACAGCGCGAGGGUGUUGCUCGCUGAAGCUCGACAGCUGUGGAAGAAGGCUGAGAUUGAGCCCCCCACGACCAACUCUAUAGAUCACUGGCUCGAAUCAUACUUACCGGACUUCGCAAGACCGGCGCCAAAGGGGGUCGAACGGGAGCCCUUGGAUGUGUUAUUGAAUGGACGCAAUGAAGGAAAGUCUAGAUUCAGGAGAAACGACGGGUAUAGUCCGGGAGGCGGUGGUGGUGGAGUGUCGGGCGAUAGCAGCGGGUGCGGCGGCGGUGACGGGGGCGGCGGGGGCGGGGGCGGCGGUGGCGAGUAG